CCCGGAGCCUCGCCUCGCUGCGGCUCGGGCCCUGAGCGGGACGCUGGGCCAGACGCGGGAGCGGGAUGGGGACUGGCCGGGAAAGUGGGCAGUCAUUAAUAAGGGCUCCUCGUUAAGAGCAAGGGGAUUGCGGGGACCGCUGGAGGUCAGGGAAAGGUCAAGGGGUGGGAUGCCACCCUGAGUGGUACCCACUUCUGAUUCACCUCCCAGGCAGGGUGAUGAAGCCAGACAGCGAGGGCAUCUAAAGUUCUUCCGGAGGCGAGGGGUUGGCGGGGACACUAAGGGGCUCCCACCCUGCCCAUCUGGCCCCAUGGCCUGCCUCGCCGGGGGGCACGGGCCCCGCCAGCCGCCUGCCAGCCAUCUUCAGGAGGGCGAGGAGGAGGAGGACGAAGGCGAGCUGUGCCCGCUGCUGGACCAGGCCGAAGAAGAAAAACAGGGCCCCCCCCCUGACCCCGGACGAGGUCAAGAUGGGGGGCGGGGGCUCUCCGGGCUGGGACACGGACACGGAUGACGAGGAGGAGGCCCGAGCUAACGUGCGGGUCGUGACGCUGCCCUUGCAGGCUCACCACGCCAUGGAGAAGAUGGAGGAGUUUAUGUACAUGGUGUGGGAGGGCCGCUGGAGGGUCAUCCCCCACGACGUGCUGCCCGAUUGGCUCAAGGACAACGAUUUCCUGUUGCACGGACACCGCCCGCCCAUGCCCUCUUUCCGCGCCUGCUUCCGCAGCAUCUUCCGCCUGCACACGGAGACUGGCAACAUCUGGUCCCACCUCCUCGGCUGUCUGUUCUUCCUGGUCCUGGGCAUUGGCUACAUGUUCGGCCCCAACACCAACUUCGUGGCACCGGUGCAGGAGCGGGUGGUGUUCGGCGUCUUCUUCCUGGGUGCCAUCUUGUGUCUCAGCUUCUCCUGGCUCUUCCACACCGUUUACUGCCACUCGGAGAAGGUCUCCCGCACGUUUUCCAAGCUGGACUACUCGGGCAUCGCUCUCCUGAUCAUGGGCAGCUUUGUACCCUGGCUCUACUACUCCUUCUACUGCCACCCCCAGCCCCAGGUCAUCUACCUCGUCAUCAUCUGCGUGCUGGGCACCACUGCCAUCCUGGUCUCCCAGUGGGACUACUUCGCCACGCCGCAGUACCGGGCCGUACGGGCGGGAGUGUUCCUGGGGCUGGGCCUAAGCGGGCUGGUGCCCACGCUGCACUUCAUGCUGGCCGAGGGCUUCUUCCGCGCCACCACAGUGGGCCAGAUCGGCUGGCUCUUCCUCAUGGCCUUGCUUUACAUCCUGGGGGUUGCCCUGUAUGCCGCCCGGAUCCCCGAGAGGUUCUUCCCAGGGAAGUGCGACAUCUGGUUCCACUCUCACCAGAUCUUCCACGUGCUGGUUGUGGCCGCGGCCUGCGUGCACCUCCACGGGGUCUCCCAGCUGCAGGCCUUCCGCUCCUCGCUGGGUGGGGACUGCGCCGAAAACACUGUGCUGGGACAUUAAAGGGGAAGCCCUCGGCCCGGCCGUGCCCCCUCCCCCCUGGGCCAGCCCAGGGAGACGAGCGGGAGGAGGGAAGGGCUGGUUGCCUCAGACGCCCCCCUCACCAUCAUCUUUCUCUCCGGUCCUUUCUGUGGGGAACGAACCAACGGGCUGGCAAGGCACAACACUGGCUCCCUUCCCCCUCCCUAGGCCCUAGGCCUUACGGCGCCCACCCUCCCUCCCAACCGCGACUCCCUCCGUCUCCCCCCACCAUUCCUGGACAGUCAAGUGAUGGGGGGGAGGAGGGGGCGCGGAGAGCCGCUCUGGUGCAGGAGGCAGGCGGCGGGCUCCCGGAGGGCUUGGCUUCAUCUUUGGGGAGCACGCUGUUGGGGUGCGGCCUUCCCGACUGCAGUUCGUCGCGGAAAAAGCUGGUGGCAGAGAAGGAACCCAGUCCAGCCCCCUCCCUCCCCCCCGGUCUGGGAGCGAUGUCUGGGAGGACUUCCUUCUCCCCCAGACCCCUUUGCCCCCAAGCACUUUAGCACUUUUUCCCCCCGAGCCGAUCUGCCCCUCUGCCCGCCCUUCUUCCUCCCCCUGGGACCUGGGUCUCGGGAGGCUCCGGUCUAAGUCUCUUGGCUCUGCCCCGACCCCCGGUGUAAGCCUCAUGGUCCCGCCCUGACCCUUAGAUGGCCAAGAUGAGAGUGAGAGGGCCUUUUGCCGGUGGCUUGGAGGGUAAGGGUCAAAACAGCGCCGAAGAAGACAGGUCUGGCCCGUCCCCGGGAGCAAAAUGUCCACAGGGGCAGGGUUGGCCCAGAGUGUUUCUCUCCCCGUUGGCCACUCUCUGGAAACCCCUCUUCCCCCAAAAUGCUGGGGCUCUCUCGGCUCUUAAAAACCCCCAUCCCAGUCCUCCGGUCAGAGGGAGCUAAGCUCCUGACCUUGUAUAUAGUGUUAUUUAUUUCUUCUUGACUUCAGGCUUCGGUCCCCCUUCCCGUUGCUAGUUUCCCUUGCUGUUCCCCAGCUCUCCUUCCCCCCAGCACCUCCGGCUCCUCCUAGGCAGGGGAGGCCUCGUGCCGGAGAAUGGGGGGUUGGGGGAGAGCGGUGGGAGGAGAGGAAGCGCCACCCGGAGCCCCUGAGAACUCCAGACCACCACCCGUCACCUCUGCGAACCCUGACCCCCACGGUCGGAGGGAGCCCCGGAACCCUUCUCCAUCCUCCCGGUGCCCUCUUCCUCCCACUGCCUCCAACCCCUUCCGUCGGACUCUCCCGACAACCCUCUCCUCUGCCCUUCGGGAGCCCCCCGGGUCCUGCCAGCAAUCACUGCCCGCCACCCUGUGCCUGCCUCUGCCACGCUCUGGCCUGGCUGGCAUGUUGGAGUGGGGACAAGGGGGACAAGGGAGGCGAAGGGAGGACCCUCUCCCCUGCCUCCGUCCCACACAAGAUCCGCUCUUCUGGGGAGUUCGGGGG